GGAAAUCGCCGUGGCAGCUGUUCAGGCCAGCGGAAAUGAUCCCAAACUGAAACUGAAACGCUCGUUUAGGUUUGCGUUUGCGUUUGCUUUGAUGCUCUAAUCUUUUGUUUUGAAAUCUGAAUUGAAGAAAUAACAUAAAAAUGGUGCAAGAUUCUGAAAAGAGAUUCCAUUCCAUCAUGGACAAGCUAUUCCAUCCUCCCAAACCCCCUUCCUCCUCCAGUUCGUCUGGAGUGCAGUUAUCGGGGAGUAAGAAACGUCCUUACCCGUCAGGGGGGAUUGAGUUGAAUCGGAGGGGGGAUGUUGCUGAGGGACAGCAGUCCUCCUCGGCGGCGUCCACGGCACUGCAGGGACCACUCUGCCGACCGUGGGAUCGUGGUGACUUUAUGAGGAGACUAUCUACAUUCAAAUCUAUGUCAUGGUUUGCUAAACCAAAGGUAGUGAGUGCAGUAAAUUGUGCUAGUAGAGGUUGGAUCAAUGUGGAUAUUGACACCAUAGCCUGCGAAGCAUGUGGAGCACGUCUUCUUUUCUCUACACCAGCAUCUUGGAAUCAGCAACAGGUGGAGAAGGCGGCAUUAGUAUUUAGCUUAAAGUUGGAUAAUGGACAUAAAUUACUUUGCCCAUGGAUUGAUAAUGCCUGCAGUGAAACACUGGCACGAUUUCCUCCUACAACUCCAGAGAUACUAGUUGAAAAUUUCAGAGAACACUGUUUUGCACUCUUGCAACUAUCAGCUCUUCCACGAAUUUCAUCUUCUGCUAUAGCCUACAUUCAAAGCCAAAGUCCACUUCUGGAAGACUUUCUUGGGAAAUCUUUGAUGCUGGAGUGUGGAUAUGGAUCUACUGAAAAUUCUGGGAGUGUGGAUUUUAAUAGUCAGGAGGAACUGAAAUUGUAUUAUCAGGUAAUAACUGGUUUUCUAGUAAGUUCAAAAAUCUCGUUUUCUGUAUUAGUAUGACAACUCUUUCUCGAA